AUGAGCUUCCUCCGCAGAGUGGCUGGGCGCUCCCUUAGAGAUAGGACGGCCAGUGGAAAUGUCGAGGCCAAAGUUGUAUGUUUCUACAGACGGAGGGACAUCUCACACAGUCUCAUUCAGCUGGCAGACAAGCACGCAAAGGAGUUGGAGGAGGAGAAGGAGAGCCCCGUAGAGACAGACCUCACAGACAAACAGAAGCACCAGCUCCGUCACAGAGAACUCUUUCUCUCGCGGCAGUACGAAAGUCUACCGGCCACACAUAUCAGGGGGAAAUGCAGCGUGGCUUUAUUGAACGAGACUGAAGCUGUUCUUUCGUAUCUCGACAAAGAGGACACAUUUUUCUAUUCGCUGGUUUACGACCCGACACAGAAGACGCUACUCGCCGAUAAAGGAGAGAUCAGAGUCGGGCCACGGUUUCAGGCAGACGUACCAGAAAUGUUAAUAGAAGGUGAGGAAGACGACAAGGACCAGGCAAAACUCGAGGAGAAACUGUGGGACCCCGAGUGUCCGCUCACAAACAAACAGAUCGACCAAUUCCUCGUGGUGGCGCGGGCGGUGGGAACGUUUGCUCGAGCGCUGGACUGCAGCAGCUCGGUACGACAGCCCAGUUUACACAUGAGCGCCGCCGCGGCCUCCAGAGACAUCACACUGUUCCACGCCAUGGACACUCUUCACCGUCACAACUACGACCUGUCGAGCGCCCUGAGUGUGCUGGUGCCGGCGGGAGGACCGGUGCUCUGUCGAGACGAGAUGGAGGAGUGGAGCGCCUCGGAGGCUGCCAUGUUCGAGGAGGCGCUGGAGAAGUACGGCAAAGACUUCAACGACAUCCGGCAAGACUUUCUGCCCUGGAAGUCUCUGACCAGCAUCAUAGAAUACUACUACAUGUGGAAAACAACAGACAGAUACGUGCAGCAGAAGAGACUGAAGGCGGCUGAAGCAGAGAGCAAACUGAAGCAGGUCUAUAUCCCCACAUAUAACAAACCAAACCCAAACCAGAUCUCCAUUACCAAUGGGAAAAUGGCGACGGUGAACGGCGCGGGCCCUGGAGCCUUCCACACGGCGGGGGGCGGGCGAGCCUGCGAGAGCUGCUACACGAUGCAGUCUGCACAGUGGUACUCGUGGGGCCCCCCGAACAUGCAGUGCCGCCUCUGCGUCUCCUGCUGGAUGUACUGGAAGAAGUACGGAGGUCUGAAGAUGCCGAGCCGAGCCGAGAGCACGGAGGAGCGGACGUCGCCCACGCCGCCCGGCAUCGUCAGCGUCAAGGAGCCUCGAGUUCGUGGUCACAUGGCGCGUCAGUCCAAUCACAUGGUGCCCAUGCGAAACAGCGGCAGCCCCAAGUCGUCGAUGAAGACGAAGCAGGCCUUCCUCCUGCAGGCCACGCGCCUCACCAAACUGGCCCGCCACAUGUGCCGUGAUGUCAUCAAGCUGCGCCGCGCCGCACGCCGGCCCUUUAUGCCCAUUAACUGUGGCGCCAUAAAGGCAGAGUAUGUGCUGAAGGCAUCUGAAGCUCAGGGGAUCCGUCUGCCCAAGAUCAGAGCAGCACAGAGGAGCACUCUCACCACAGUACUGCAGUUUCUAGAGUCGCGCCCGGCCUCUCAGGUGUCCCGCUCGCACCGUACCGCCGGCCUCCAGACGCCCCCUCCCCGCCGCCUUCUCUCCUCCCUGCCCCACGGCACGCACGGCAUGCUGGGAAAACGCAGCUUCCACCACCACAGCCGCACAGACCCGGAGAGACGCGCAGAAAAUCAAACUUCGACAGGAGGACCUCUGCACAACGGUCGCAGCAGCUCCAGCGGCGGCACCAGAGGCGGCGUCAUGAUCCGAAAGAGGCGUCCCAACUGGAUUGACGCUCCGGACGACAGCUUCUUCCUCGUCACCAGGGAGACCAGGAGGGCCCGGAGGCUACUGACCCGCUCCCAGCUGAGGCGCGCCUGUCGACAGCCCUGUGAGCAGAUCACCCUCCGCAGAGUGUCUCAGGGCACUCCACAGGGGCUGCUGCUGGCCCCUCCACAACCACACCCCAGCCUGAGGAUGAGGGGGCCCAUAGUGAUCCAUGACUGA